UCUGUGUUGUGUAUUGAUGUAUUACAUGUUGCCAUCAUUUUGCAGAAUUUGUUUUUUCAAAAAUUUACAAUAAUAGAAAUUUAUCUAGAAUUGAAUGAAUUGUUUUGGUCGACAGUUCGAAACUUAGAGUGUAAAAGUGAAUGCAAAAAAACGGGCCGAUGAAAAAAAGAUAGGUUAUGUGCAUCACCAGUUGUCAACAAAACCUCAACAGGACCUCUUGACAUUUUGGACACAAUAAAUUGUUCUCAAAAAAGUUUUGGUUUCUAAUCAUUCCAUUAUCAGUAAUGGAGGAAAUCAUUCGGCUUAUACCAAAAAAAUCAACAGUAGAAGACGUAACAGAUGGGCAGUGCAAUGAUUACUUUUUGGAACAGUUCCUCAGUCAGUACAAAGAAUUUCAUUUAGUAAAUUAUAAUGAGGAAUUAAUGGCCAUCUUGGAUAAGCUCUUUGUAUACAUAAAAUCACACAAGCACAGUUUAGUGAGCACUUACUCGCAGUUUCUUGGUGGUUUGAUUCAAAACACGCAAGACAAAAGGUUGAUACAGAAGUGCAGUUUAUGGAUUUUUGAUACUCUUUCUAAAGCAGAUGCAACUAAUAACUCAGAUGUACUUAACUUACUACAAAAAAUAAUUAUAGAUGUCAAAGGAGACAACAGUUGUCCAAAGAAUAUAGAUAUCUUUUUUAAAAGAGAUUCUAUUAUUUUGAGACAAAUUGAUGUACAAAAUAGAAAGUGGGAUGAAAAAGAAUAUCAAGUAUUGAAUUUCUUCAACACAAUAUUCUCUGUACUACAAAAGCAGAAUUGCCUCAUUGAACCAAAAGACAGGCAUGAGUUGAAACUGGUUGUUCUGAAAACAUUGAGUAAGCUUCCAAUCAACAAUUUGGACAAAAUGUAUAUAAAUAAGGUGGUAAAAGUUUGCCUUAGGCUAUUAAGGUUGACAAUAGACGUGAGUAAUCUUAAAAACUCAGAGGAACUCGGAUUACUGCUAGGCAUAGCGCAAGCUUACGUUUUUCAUGAAAUCCAAGGCUUUCCGGUCACAAGUCCAAAGCCAAUGAUCACCUGCAACUUGAAUCUACCAGUUCAAAUCGAUUCAAACUUGAAAAAGAAAUAUUUCCGAAACCACAAGGUAAAGAAGCCCUCUGCUUUAAAAAAAGUCGAGCAAAAAUCUGUUCUUACGUCUCCUACACCCAAAACAGUCAAAGGCACAAGUGACUCGGAAACCUCGGAUAAUGAAUCUAGAUCUGUAGGAGCACCGCUGGACCGUAAAAUUCGUUUGGAAGCCGCGCACUUGCUCAAUGACAUUGUUCAAUGCCACAGUCGCGAAUUCACUGGCUAUUGGCUGCAAAUGGUGGCGAGCGGUUCGAGGGAUAAUUUACGAACACUAGCCAAGUACGUAGUUCGCGAAACAGCCCAAGCUAAUCGAACGGUUGCUCUCAGCGUAUUGAACGAGCUAUUACUCGCAUCUAAGGUGUUUCUAAGUCACGCCAACGAUACCGAGCGAUCAUCGUAUGAUUCGGUUUUCUAUCUGCUUGGACUCUCGAUCAAAGAAAUACACGACUCUGUGUGCCAGUUGUUGAGGAAAGAGAAUGGGAUAUUGCCCCUGAUACAGGCCCUUAAAUGUGCCUCUGCCCUCGCCGAAGCCACGCCUUUUUCUAGGCUCAAGCCUGGACUAGCUAGCGAAUUGGCCAAGUUGUGUUAUCCUCUGCUAAUGAAUAAAGAUAACACGGUGAAAGUGAAGGCGUUCGAGUUUUUUGAAACUCUGGUAUUAUCCGAGCCAGUUACGCAAGAAGUUUACAAUGUAUUUGCAAAGUCUUCAAACGACAGUCUGUAUGUGCUGUCCGAUUCGACUUACAACACUGCAAGUGAGACUGAGACAGAGGAAAUCGUUAUCGACGACAUCAGCGACAAUGUCAGUCAAAUCGGCUUAAACGCCAUCCAAGACAACGUUCAGGAAGCAAAAAUCGGUGCCAUUGUUGAAAUAUGCUUGAAAACCCUCUCCAAAGACAGGACAAGAGAGCCGGUAAUGCUGCGAGCCAUCAUGUUGAUAAGAGCCAUGGCAUUCAAUGCGUUCAGUCUUGUUUACCCUCACUUGGAGUAUACAGCCGAAUGUCUGAUAGAGCCUAUGAAAAACCACGAAGAAGAUACGUCGCGCAUCACGUUGCAAGCUAUUCGAGCAUUGGAAGUUAUGGCUCAGCGGUUGAAAGACGACGAGUACAGCGACAAGGCCUUGGUAUUUUGGAAAACUGUGUUUCCCGAUGUGAUUUCACUGACCGGACACAAGGGUGCCAGUAACUUGCGCGAAGCAGCUUGCGAUUGCUUGGCCAACAUAGACAACAGUGUGCUCAUGCAGCAGAUGAACUUUGACGUGAAUUCCAAGUUGAAAAAGUACUGGAUCGCAACCAUAGUCUCGGCCUUGAGCGAGUGUGUGAGCGACGACGAAAGCUCCGUGAGAGCUGCAGCUUUGCGUGCCUUUGGGAUAUUGGUUACUCUACCGGCUUUGGAGGAAGAUACUGGCUUCCUGUGGGACGUGCACAGGUGUGCCUGUCAAGGUUUUGGUGACGAAAACCUUGGUGUCAGAAUAAAAGCAGCUUGGGCGGUAGCAAAUCUUAGCGAGACUUUGAUUAAACGCAAGCAUAAAAUGAAAUUGAAUCCUGAAAUCAAGGGGUGUGAAGAUGGUGCCAAUGAUUCGGAAGAUAAUCUUGAUGAGCCAGAGCCAAUUGAUUUUAUAAGUAUUUUGGAAAAACCCUACACACUCAGUGUCUCCGGAGCAAGAGAUAAAGAUAAGGUUCGGUGUAACGCAGUCAGGGCAAUUGGCAACAUUAUAUACUUGUAUCAAAAUAUUCACAGCGAGAGAGAUGAUUCCGAAUCGAAAAUUGUACAGGAUUCUAUGAAAAAUGUGUUUGAACCUCCUAAGUCGGAGCAAAUUAAAAAUAUUAAGAAAAAAUGUAAGAAAGCAGGUAAAAAAAAUUUCGAAGUUAGUGUCAAGGAGACAGCUGAGAAGGACAAUUUAGCUGAAAGUAACGAAAAUGUGUUUACUUUACAAAAUAGUACAGCUGGAUUAAGCGCACUUAUAAAUUGUCUUCGGAAUACUAAUGAUAUGAAAGUAAAGUGGAACGCUUGUCGGGCUCUUGGCAUAAUAAUCAGUGGUACUCCAGAUGCUACUUUAACUUCUUCCUGGAGAGACAUUGUUUUUAAUGUAGUAACUGAUCAGAUGUGCAGAUGUCCAAAUUUCAAAGUGCGAACAAACGCGGCUUGGGUAAUUACAGUUUGCAAAUCAUUUGGCGAGGAAAUAAAGAUGAUUUGGAAACGCAUAAUGGAAGCUUUUGAAAACUCAAAAACUUUGUCCAGUAUCAACGAAUAUCAACACUACGAAGCUCUUGUUGAACAGUUGUGCCUUGCAUUUUGUCACAUUGCGGUGUAUACUGAUUUCAAAUGGUUUGAUUCGCUUUCGAUUGAAAUUGAGAAUCAUUUUGACAAUGUGUCACCAAUAAUUAAAAGAUUUCAAGAAAAAGUAUUACCGGAAAAAGCUGGCGAGUUGAUUGAAGCUAAAACACGAUUUUCUCUUUUUUCUAAAAAAGAGAUGAGUCCUAACGAGAAACAAUUUGUCAAGCAAAUAGUAAAACUAUUUGAAAAUGAUGAUAGACUUAAAGAUGUUUUAUCAAUGUAGGUAGUGAGUGCUUCGAUGUUUUAUUAGCAAAAAAUUUUCUUUAUUUAAUGAGCUGUG